AUGUAUUUAACAAUCAUAACAACAAAUCUUGCUGAAUUUUUCGUCAUUACUUCCAUCCUAUUCUUUUCAAUAUUUAUUGAUAAAAUUUCAGCAUCAGCUGGUUAUUGUUAUCAAUGCAAUUCGAGAAAUCCAUCAUGCCGUAUUGAUGUUAAUGCUACACUUAAAGUAGAUGCAACACCAUGCAAUGGACAAUGUUAUACACGUAUAAAUCGUGAUGAUAGAAAUACACUGUCGCGAGGUUGUUCAUGGGAGUUUGGUUUUAUGAAUCCACAAGAACCAAAUCUUCUUAUACUUGAAAGAAAUUCUGUUUGGAUUUUUUGUGAUACACCUUUUUGCAAUGUCGAAGCAACAGCUCUAUUGAAUUAUUGUCAACUACCUAAUGCAGAUGUAACAUGUGGACGAUUUUGUGGUAAUCUAUUAUGUGGUUCAAGACCAAUACGUCGUAAUCGCAAUCGUAAUCGCAAUCGUAAUCGUAAUCGUAAUCGCAAUCGUAAUCAUAAUCGUGUUCGUAAACAAAAUCGCAAUCGAACAGGCUAA